GUUUAUGGAAGUUUUAAAAUGGCAUCUUAAAGAAAUGCCAACAAACAUCAAGCGAGGUCCAAAAAAAAAAAAAAAGAUUAACAACACAAGUAAGAAAGUGUAUUAACUGAAACCCUAAACAACCACAAUCGAUCCGGGUUCAUUGGAUUCAUACACGAACCGGAGAGAUAUGUCGGAGAUAGAGCACCCUCGGCUUAUUCUACACAAUUUCCUGUCGCCGGCAGAGUGCAAGGAACUUGAGUUCAUACACAAGAGUUGCAGUACAAUUGGUUACAGACCAAAUGUCUUCUCCACUACUCUCUCUCACCUCAUUGCCACUAAUUCUCCUCACCUCAUCAUCCCUUUCGUGUCCAUUAGAGAGAGGUUGAAAGAGAAGAUAGAGGAAACAUUUGGGUGUGAGUUUGAGCUUUUUAUUGAAUUCACAGGUUUGAUUAGUUGGUGUAAAGGAGCUAGCAUUGGGUGGCAUAGUGAUGAUAACAGAUCAUAUUUGAAACAAAGGGAUUUCGCGGCAGUUUGUUACUUGAAUAGUUACGGGAAAGAUUUCAAAGGCGGGCUUUUUCGUUUUCAGAGUGGAGAACCAGCAACCGUUGCUCCCUCGGCUGGUGAUGUUAUCAUGUACACAGCUGAUGACCAGAACAUUCAUUCGGUUGAUGAGGUAACAGAUGGAGAAAGAUUGACUCUUGCACUCUGGUUUAGCCGGGACUCAUCCCAUGACGAAGAUGCCAAACUUCUUUCUCGUCUUUCCCAAUGCACAUCACAUGGAGUUUGCCUCCCUUUGCCUGCAUCCACUAGCAUGUACUGGUUCUGUCCUCAUCAUGAUGCUUCUAAUCAAAACAUAGGUUUUGAUAUUUGCGUUGCGAGGUUGCAUCUUCUUGGUUUCGACGUUCAUAGCUUACAAGGCGAAGAUCAUUCUAUGGAUGCCUCUGAACAACUCAUGGGGCCACUACAAUUAGCUAAAGGAGGAGAGUUACUCACCCAAAAAUUUGCCAACAUUCUUCAUGCUCGUCAGGUUGUUCAGUUCUACCAUUGGAAAGCUUCUGAACUCAAAACUUCUAAUGUCGAAAAUGACACGUUAGAAGAGGUGAAAGCUAUGUCCCACUCUCAGUUGGAAAAUAUCUAUACCCUGAAAUCAGUUUUCCUGCCAGAUGAGAACCUCGUAACCACAAUUUUUGGAUAUUCGUGCUCUGAUGAGGAUCGAAAGGAUUCACUUGACUUGACGGAUAUAUCUCCUGUGAUUCCCUCUUGGGAAGAGUAUACCAGUAAGUUACUCAAGGAACUAUUAUCUUCCUUGCCUCAAUGGAAAACUUAUCAAACUAUACACAAAGUCGAAUCUGAUUAGAAAUUUAUCCCGAGUUACGGAUGAAUUAGGUAGUUAACAACUGGAGAGUGAUUCCUCUCGUCUUCAAAGCACAUUGUCUCUGUUUCUAUAUGUUUGAUCUGAUAUUGGUUUUUCCCA